CAUCACUAAUCAGUCUUCUGUUCUUUCCCUCAUAGCCAGCAGAAAUAAUUUAAAGUUUAAACAAUUUAAUAUUUUAUUUGCAUAGCUUUAAUGCGCUAGCUAAGUAUUUGUUUGAGUUUUGUGUAGUUUGGUAACUUAAUAUUAUCAAUAAUAUGACAUCUAUAAAUUCAAUUACAAUUCUGCAGAGUGACUGGGAUGAUAUACUGUGGAAAUUAGAAGGAGAAGUAUGGGUUGUCUAUAAGAAGAAAGAUGAGAAAAGCAUCCAAGGCAAAUUGAGAUGUGUUCAAAUCGGCACUAGUGGUUUGCCGAAGAUCACAGGCACGAAUGGCUUUGCUGUGGAAAAAGUCGGCAAAGAUUUCAUUCAAGUCAAGUACAAAGACGCACCAUUCACAAGCUUGUUUCUCGCUGCAUCAAAAGUCUACUCUGGAAUCCAUAAAAAAGGGAUUACAUCACUAAGUGUAUCGUCUAAAGGUCUGAGCGUCUCAGUUUGCAAGGACAACCAACUUUUAGUUUGGGAUUUCAAUCAAGGAGAACUAAAGUGCACAUUGUCGGGCCACGUUGGGGAUGUAUACAAGUGCAAGUUCUUCCCGAGCGGGGUCGUGGUGCUGUCUGGUGGCGCAGACAUGCAACUAAAGGUGUGGUGUGCGAUGACUGGAAAAUGUCCAGUAACUCUCACAGGGCACACCAUGGCUGUCACCGACUUUGACUUUAUAGACAAGGGAAAGAAUAUCCUCUCUGUCAGCAAGGACGGGACAGCCAAGUUAUGGAGUUGUAGUGCCGCGUGCUGCAUUGCAGACAUUGCCAAGCUGAGCUCCACAAUCAACUGUUGCCACGUGUUUUCUGCUCCGUUCUUGUCUCUCGGUGUACCUUCGGAUCCACCCAGUGAAGAAGAGGUUGAAACGAAAGACAAAGCUGUGCUCCUCGGCUGUGAAGACGGAAGUGUUCAUUGUGUCGCGGUCUACAGCCGCAAAAAACUAUUUUCUUUCAACUGCAGUACGGCAGUAAACACUGUAACUACACUGUCAACCUCCUAUUUCAUCGUCGGAUGCCACAGUGGUGAAGUGUUCUUGUUCGACAUAAAAGACGCAAAAGCUCCAAUCGAAACGUGGUUUGAAUCAAACAGUGCGGUUCUGUGUGUUGUGGCUUUCAAAGAGGAAGGAUUCUUCUGUUCCCACGCAGACGGGUUGACGGUUUAUCGGAAUGUGAGACUGGACGAUAAAAGGGUAGUUUUAACCGGACCAGACUGCGAUCCUGUUUACGAUAUUUGUACGGACAAUCAGUUUGUCUACACGUGCAGCAGAGAUGCAUUGAUCAGGAGAUAUAAUGUAGAACGGAUCAUCCAGCAAUUUGUUAAUGAGUGAUUAAACUAGUUAAGGAGUUAUUUGUUGUAUCUUGACUGAUUUAUCCUUUAUUUGAUUGAUUUGGAGACUAAAAAUACUGAUUUAGCCUGCUCUAGUUUUAUAAAAAUAAUGUCAUCUUCCAACACUGCAAUAAAAAUGGUAAUUAGCCACAAAUAGAAGAGAAU